UUCGUCGCAUUCAUAGACUGAAGAGAUACACACAUUGACCAACAUCCUUCCUCUAUAAUCCUUCCCACGCCAAUAUUUUCUCUGUUAAUCAAUCGAAAUUACAGAAAUGGAGCAAAUUAAGACUGAGAAUGAUGGCUGCCAGAGCGAUGGUGUUCAACUCACUUGCUUUUCUGAGGAAUCAGACGGCGACGUUUUGCUCCACUUUCAGAUUAUUCGUCUUCGAAAACAGAUUUAUGUAUGGAUUGGUUGCAACUCUGCCAGCUUCGGACAUCUCUAUGCAGCUCUUCCCACACGACCAAGCAAUGCAGUUGGUGUGACUUCUCUAAUUGGGGGGUCUUCUGAUAAUACAGGUUUUGGUAUUGCACGCCGAUUAGUUCUCAAGACUGGCCUUAAUGUUGUUCUUGCUUGUAAUUUACCAAAGAAUAACCCCAUGCUUGAGGCAAGUGCUGAGAAAAAGCUACUGCACAAGCUUAUUAGUCUAGGAUACACAAAGCCACAAAUCUGAAGAAAUAUAUUCAUCAAGAGGACUGUCGCCCCUUUGUUUCCCUGUUAUGUGCUAGUAUUUGGUAGGAAUAUUCAAUGUUGUGUUUCGGGUACAUUUCUAUUUGCAGAGAUUUUUAUUCAUAUUGAACAGUUUUUUAAUGAAUAUCUAGAGACAAACAAUGUGCUUUGACAUAUAAAAUAUUGCUUUGGGCAUAA